AGGCCAUCAGCGCUGACGGAUCGCUCUGCCAAACACAUUGACUUACAUUCAGGGCGAAAACGCAUCAAUUGCAUCAAUUCACCAGGUCGGAAUAACGAUGCCAGAACUGUGGAGGUCGUCAUUUUGCCUGUCUGGAGUUCUAUUUAUAACCUUUCUUUCCCUGGGGACCGCAAGCUCCUCAUCAGUCAGUCAUCAGAUGUCUCCUGAUCUCAUCCAUCCUCCACAAAUCAGGAGCAAAGCGCAGAGACACAGACAUCAGAGCAGCUCGACACGAACACAGAUAGAUUUGAAAGGGCCCAACGUUUGUGGCACCAGGUGUUGUUAUUCAUGGCUGGCCAAUCCCAAAACCAAACAAUGCACAAAACCAAGAUGUCAUCCGCGAUGCCAUAAUAAAGCAGUUUGUCGCCGGCCGAACAUCUGUCAGUGUCGUCCGGGCUUCCACGGCCAUCGCUGUGAACAUGCAAACGUCACACCGACCAUGAGCACCUGGUUCGAAGCACAUCCUGGUCCCACGGUACCCUCAACCUCUACCAUGGCAACAGUUGCUAUGGUAAUGCCCGCAUCCACCACCAUCCACGGCAACAGCUCCACAUCUGCCUCCAGUGAUGCCAGUUCAGAUACAAGAAAGACCUAUUCAUUACGCUGGCAGCCACCCAGUUUAAAAGAGGCCCAGUCGGUCUUGUUAAAAAAAGCUCUGUCCAGUGGAACCGGUGGAGAGAAGAUCACAAGUGUUAUACUGAAGUACAUUGAAUCAGAGCGAAGAAGACUGGAGUCUUCAUCCUCUACCGGAGCAACAAAAAUCUCCAGCACCAAAACCUUUCACACUCAACGCGGCCAGUUCACCCUCAUCUACACCGCAGCCGUGGCUCAGCAGCGCUCCGCCGUCGUCCGCAGGGGUUCGGAGCGGAUCAAAGUGCUCUUCACCCCCACCAUCUGCAGGCUGCGCUGCACGCAGGGACGCUGCACCAACUACUGCGAGCGCGGAAAUGUCACCACUAUCUACAACAGCGAGCAGGCAGGACAGACGCCACCUGGAUCCGGCUUCAGAGUGUUCGUGUGUCCGAUGUUGUGUAAGAACGGAGGAGUGUGCGUACAGAAGGAUCAAUGUCUCUGCCCGCCCAACUUUACUGGGAAGUUCUGCCACAUCCCCGUCUCCACCAAUCACAUCGAGAGACCGGCGACGAGUGCUGUGGGUUCAGCCAAUCAGCCGAUGACGUCUGAGUACAUACUGCCUCUGCAGACGCCUGAGCAGAUCAACACCAAUGCGUCCCCGAUGGUAAAGGUGCGAGUCCAGCAUCCUCCAGAGGCCAGUGUGAAGAUCCACCAGGUCUUAAAGGUGGGCUACGGCCCCACCGUCCACGAGCACUCAGAAACCGUGACCUGGUCCGCGGGGCUCUCAGGGGCCCGUCCUCACCAGCUGCCGGGAGAGAGAGCCGAGGCGGCGCCGCCGAGGGUUCAAGCCCAGACCAUACGCGGGGAUUCAGUCUACACCGAGACGUCCGGCUUCAAAUAUUGUUUCAGAGAAGUGCGCAACGGAAAGUGCAGUUCUCCGUUACCUGGUCUGAGGAGUCAGGAGAUGUGCUGCAGGGGUGUUGGGAAGGCCUGGGGCAUCAACGAAUGCACGCUCUGUCCUGCAGUCUUAGGAAACACUGUUAAUGGACAGGGAAGCUGCCCGAAAGGCUUCGAGAGGGUCAACGGGACGCAGUGUGUGGAUAUUAACGAGUGUUUGCAGCCGGGUUUCUGUGAAAACGGGAACUGUGUUAACACCCGAGGGAGCUACAGUUGUGUCUGCAAAGAGGGCUACUUAUUGGACGCCUCUCAUGGGAUCUGCAUCUCGCAGAAGGUGAUCUCCUCGGAGAAGGACCAGUGUUUCCGUAUCCUGAACCAGGGCUCCUGUUCUCUGCCCAUCUUGAGGAACAUCACCAAACAGAUCUGCUGCUGCAGUCGAGUGGGCAAAGCCUGGGGGAAGAAGUGUGAGUUAUGCCCGUACUUCGGCUCAGCCGCCUUCAAAGAGAUCUGUCCUGCUGGACCGGGUUACCAUUAUUCGGCUUCGCCUGUCAAGUUUAACCAGAGACUAGCAGAGUUGCUUGACACCGGCGGACCGCCUUUGGUGUCCGAAAAUGUCCACACAUCCACCCAGGACAUAGCAUCCCAACCUGAAGGCUCCAGGACUCACUCCACAAUCUCACAGUCAACCCGAAUCCAGCAAGCGCCAUAUUCACCGACCAACACGCAGACCAUCCGAGUCCAGCAGAGUCCUGCGAGACCACAGCAACCUGACGCGGGUUCACAGGCCGGCUCGGUUAUCAUCAUAACUCAACCAAAACCAAACCUGUCAACGAGCGGCGGCUCUCAAACCACAAACGCCAGACCUCAGCAGCCUUCCAGCAUCCGUCCGUCCGCUCCCAGCCAGCCGGCCAGAGUGAACACACCUGUUGUACGGACGCAAACCAGCCGGCCUUCGGUUAACAGACAGCCAGUAUCUCCCGUCAGACCUCCUCCUGUACCGGCUACAGCCCGACCACUUCCAACUAGACAAGAUGGCCGAGUGUGUGAAUCGAGACCUCAGGUGUGCGGUUCGGGGCGCUGUAUUGACCUGCUAGGCGGUCGACACACGUGUGUGUGUAACACUGGAUAUAUCCUCAACCCUCAGCAAGGCCACUGCCAAGACAUAAACGAGUGUCUGCUGACACCCCGGCCGUGUUCUGUGGGUCAGUGUGAGAAUACAGCGGGCAGCUUCCGGUGCGUUUGUCCAUCAGGAUACCAGACCAACUUCCAGCAGACCCUGUGUGUCGAUUUGGAUGAGUGCCGUCAGGUGCCCAAUCCCUGUGUUAACGGCCGCUGUGAAAACACACUGGGCAGCUUCAGGUGUUUGUGCAGGACUGGAUACAAGCUACAGGACAACAGCUGCAUAGACAUAGAUGAGUGUGUCGACCCCCUGCGCUGUCCGGGUCAGGAGUGCGUGAACUCUCAGGGCUCUUACAGGUGUGUCUCCUGCAAGCCGGGCUUUGAUCUGCUCAACGGACAAUGUUCAGAUAUUGAUGAAUGUCGUCGGACGCCGUCACCCUGUUCGGACGCGGGCCGCUGUGAAAACACUCCCGGCAGCUUCAGAUGCUCGUGUCGAACGGGAUACAGAUCCCAGGCCAACGCCUGCGUGGAUGUGAAUGAGUGUGAAGAUCCGCUGCAGUGUCCCGGACAGGAGUGUGUGAACUCUCAGGGAUCGUAUCGCUGUGUGUCAUGCAGACCCGGAUUUAGCCUUAAAAACCGAGCAUGUUCAGAUAUCGACGAGUGUCGCCAGACUCCUGACUUGUGUGUUAACGGCCGCUGUGAGAAUAACAUGGGCAGCUACAGCUGUGUGUGUCGCGCUGGAUUCAGACUGGAGAGAAACAUCUGCAAAGAUGUGAACGAGUGUGAAAACGAGCUUCAGUGUCCAGGGAAAGAGUGUGUGAACUCUGUCGGCUCCUUCAGGUGUGUCUCCUGUCAGCCGGGCUUCGAGCUUCUUGAGGGCCAAUGCCAAGAUAUAGAUGAAUGUAGGCAAAAGCCCACACGCUGCACUAAUGGCCAAUGCAUGAACACUCCCGGCAGCUUCAGAUGUGUGUGUGAUCUGGGCUUCAAUCUACAGGACGGCACAUGCACGGAUCUCGACGAGUGUCUGGAUGCGCUGCAGUGUCCAGGGCAGCAGUGCCUCAACUCUCCGGGCUCGUACAAGUGCGUUCCCUGCAGAGACGGACACAGCAUGCAGAACGGACGCUGCUCAGACAUUGAUGAAUGUGUGAGUCCUCAGCUGUGCGGGCCGCAGAGCGUGUGCGUGAACACAGACGGCUCGUACCGCUGCGACUGCUCUCCGGGCUUCAGAGCGGCCGGACCGCGGCGCCAGUGCCGAGACAUUAACGAGUGUCUGGAAGGAGAUUUCUGCUUCCCGAGCGGAGAGUGUGUGAACACGGACGGAUCCUUUAAGUGCGUUUGCGCGCAGGGCUACAAGAGCGCCGCUAACGGGACGUCCUGCCAAGAUGUGAACGAGUGUCUGGACUCAGAGGGGCUGGUGUGUGGAUCCCAGCGCUGUGAGAACACCAUCGGCUCGUUCCGCUGCGUGGCGUCCUGCGAGCCCGGAUACCACAUCACUGCCUCCGGAGAGUGUGUGGACAUUAACGAGUGCGCUAACGAGACGGUGUGCGGACAUCACGCCUUCUGCCAGAAUCUGAUCGGCACGUUUCAGUGUCUGUGUGACCAGGGCUACGAGUCCACCGCCGACGGACAGAUGUGUGUGGACAUAAACGAGUGUGAGACGAUGCAGGGUGUGUGUGGCUCUGCACGCUGCUGGAACGUCGAGGGCUCGUUCACUUGUGAGUGUGAGAACGGACAGGAGGAGUUCGACCCGCUCGCAGGCCAGUGUGUGAGCAGAGAGAGUGCAGGUCAGUCGGAGCCAUCUGGCGGAGCCUCCUCUUCCUCGGCUGGCCGCGGUCCGUCUGGAUCGUCCGGCUCUCUGCCGCAGACUCGGCCUGGAGAAACGAGAGAGUGCUACUACGGCGUAUCGCAGCCGUACUCCUGCAAGAUACUGGCCCCAAACACCACGCUGCAAGAGUGCUGCUGUACAGCGGGACAGGGCUGGGGCCUCAUGUGCCAAUAUGACGUCUGUCCCGAGACGGGAACAGUGGAAUUCCAGUCGCUGUGUCCCAGCGGAAGAGGGUACAUCACCACCGAAACGGGAGCGUUCAGCUACAAGGAUGUGGAUGAGUGUAAGCUGUUUGACCCAGAGGUGUGUAAAGGCGGCGUGUGUGUCAACAACAUUCCCGGCUACGCCUGUUACUGUCCCAGCGGAUUCUACUACGACACGGAUCUGCUGGAGUGCAUCGAUAAUAAUGAAUGUGAGAGUGAGGAGACCUGCACUGGCGGUCAGUGUGUCAAUACACUGGGAACGUUUUACUGUACGUGUGAGCCCCCUCUAGUGCUGGACGACACACAGCGCAACUGUGUCAAUGCAAGCGGCCUCGCUGAGGAUGAGAACUUAAACUUCUGUUGGCGUCACGUCACAGCUAGUCUAGUGUGUCAGAGUCCUUUGUUAGGAGCUCAGCUGACCUUCACUGAGUGCUGCUGUUUGUAUGGUGAGGCCUGGGGUCUGCAGUGUGCCCUCUGCCCCCGCAGAGAUGAAGAGGCCUAUGAGGCUCUGUGUAAUGAGUUCGGUCCUCCUCCUUACUCUCCUCGUUACUACGAGCGCUUCGGCCCGGGGCCCCUGCCUGGAAGAGGAGGGUACCGCCCGCCGUACAGCCCCCCAGAGUACCCCGAACCCCUGCCGGGACGCCCCGACUACAUAUCCCCUGAUUACGAUGACUACAGUCCUGUGGGAGCGGGUGGACGGCGAUCCGGGCUGAGAGGCAGAGCCCCCAGCUCAUACGGGCUCCCAGACGCCCCCUACAGGCAGCCGGCCCCGGGUGGAAGUCGUUACUAUGAGGAGGAGGAUGAUUAUGAAACUGCGCCUGGCCCUCCCUUCGGUAUCCCGGAUCCUCGUGGCGAGCGAACGUUCGAUGCGCGACCGCUGCCGUCCCGUCCAGACAGGCCUCUGCUCAGUUUGGCCCCGCUUCCGGAAAACUCCCCGUACAGCGAGGGUGCGGGGGAGGAGUCAUGGAGAGCCCCGCCCCCUUUCCCAAUGUUUCCUGACAGACGGGAGGGAGUCUAUGAGCUGUUAGUGAGAGUGAGAGUCAGCGCUCUGUCAGAUUUCCUCUCUCUCUCUCGCUCUCGUGACACUGCAGUAAAGAAUACAGCGGCACAGCUCCUGAUCUCACACACCGCAUGCGAGCGUCUGCUAGAGAAACACCAGUGUGAGCGCUGA